CGGCGGGGCACUUCCUCCGCUUGUCAACGGAGUGCUAACGGCUAUUAGCGAGACAUGGCGAGUUGUGCCGCUCUGUUGUCGGGUAUUAAAUAGAAAUAGACAGGACUUGCUCUUUCGGGUGGGUUCACAGCUCCAGACGAUUCCAAGUACUGAAGACAUCAUGUGAGGAAGCCUGAGAAGAAAACAAGUCUUCUGAUAAUAGCGAUAUAAGAGAGAGAGAGGGGCUCUGAUAUGAUGUCCACUGUUAAUCUCUGAGCCACGCAGAGGUCUGAUCGAGGCUGAAGAUGGUCUGAUGGACCGGCGCUUCUUACUGACAUUAGUCUUCUGUUCAAUCUCAUGGAUUUUCUUUUGGGAACUGCGCUGGAAGAAGAGCAAAGAAAGUCAGAUUGAAGAAUGGCUGCAAGGCCAUAGUCUGUCCGAAUACAAGCAUUUAUUUGAAGAUGUGCAGUCUCUGGAAGAGUUGAGUCUGAGUGUGCUGACUCGCCUGGAGGAGGUGGUAAAGGAAAAGUGGCGCUGGAGGGACAUAGCUGAAGCCGACGUCCGCCUGCUGAGAGACUUCGCCUUUCAGGAGUGGCUGUGCUCGCAGAGCCUCGAACACUACUACCACACUCUGAAGACCCUGGGGUGCACUAAUCUGGAUGACCUUGCUCAGUUUGACAGCCAGCUUCAGCUCUCCCUGGCAGCCUGGGGCUAUUACUAUGAGGACUACAUCAAGCUGUCCACAGGCAUAAAGGUCCUCCAAGCAUCCCGGGGUAGCAGAGACCAGGACUAUGAGAUUCAGCUGGUGCACAGCCUUGCUGAGAGGCGCCUAAAUGAGAAGUGGUCCAUCGCUGGAGCGCUGAUAUUCGGCUGUACUGUUGCACUGUGCUUUCUGAUAAGGGACCUCAUGUUUUACGUGAUUGGUGGAAUAACCGUUUCCAUCAUCGCAUUCGUCUUUACCAUUAAGUUCCUAUGUGAGCUCGCAGCACGUGUGGUCAGCUUCCUGCAGAAUGAGGACCCUGGGCGUCGUGGCGACCGUAGCAUUUACGACUAUGUGCGAGGGAACUACCUGGACCCACGCUCCUGCAAAGUCUCCUGGGACUGGAAGGAGCCACAGGAAGUUGGCCAGACCAUGAGCUUCCGUGUGCAGCUCUUCUAUAAAAAUGGCCAGCCAUUUCCAGCUCACAGACCCGUGGGUUUGAGAGUGAACAUCACUCACAUAGAGCUGGCUCUGGACAUCCCUGUCACCCAGGAGAUCCUUCAGGAACCCGAGUCCAACGUGGUGAAAGUGACCUUCACUGUGCGCAAGGCAGGCCGCUAUGAGGUGGCUGUUAAACUGGGGGGGCUCAAUGUGGCAUACAGCCCCUAUUAUAAAAUAUUUCAACCAGGCACGGUGGUGCCAUCCAAAACAAAGAUUGCAUACCACUUUUCAACUCUGGUGCUGACAUAUGGUCAACAGCACACACUGCAGAUCGAACCUCGAGACGAGUAUGGCAACCCUACCAGUAACUCUGUGUCUCUCGUGGAUGAGGUCAACUACAGUGUGCAUAUACACUCGUUGGGGACUACGGAGGAGGACAGUUCUGAAGAUUUCUACAGCACAACCGUUUGUUGUAAUAAGCCACAGUGUCAGGUUCUGCUGCGCCUCACUCUGAAGAAAAAGGGCUGCUUCAGGGCACGAAUUACUUACAGGGACCAGCCUCUCAGUAAUGGAGAGUUUGACAUCAUUGUGCUAAGUGAGAACGAGAAGAACUGUGUGGAGAAGAACGUAUCCACUCCAGGAAUUAGUAUCUAUUUUGAGGCCUACCUCUAUGGUACAGGGAACUAUAGCAGUUCCACCUGGCAGUUCCCAGCGUCCUCUCUGCUCACGCCACCACGACGGCCAUCGAUGGGCGACGAUGAGGAAGAACACGACUCUCCAGUGGAGGGCCAACCUGAGAAAGUCAAGAAACCAAAAAAGGUCUACUGCUACAUAUCACCAAAGCAAUUCUCUGUUAAGGAGUUUUACCUGAAGAUUAUUCCAUGGCGCCUUUUUACUUUUCGUGUGUGCCCAGGAACAAAGUUUACGUACCAUGGGCCUGACCCAAUCCAUAAGUUCCUGACGCUGGUGGUGGAUGAUGGGAUCCAGCCUCCUGUAGAACUUAGCUGCAAAGACAGGAACAUUAUGGCAGCCACAUUUAUUCGCUUCCUGCACAAGAACAUUGGAGGCUCUGAAACAUUUCAGGACAAGGUGAGCUUUUUCCAGCGAGAGCUCCGGCACAUUCACUCCAAGAGACCUCGUAUUAAAACCUGCCUGAAGAUCAGCCGCCAUUCCAUCCUCGAGUCUUCUCUAAAGGCCACCAGAAAUUUCUCUGUGUCAGACUGGAGUAAGAACUUUGAGGUGGUGUUUCAGGACGAAGAAGCUCUGGACUGGGGCGGGCCGAGGCGCGAGUGGUUUGAACUCAUCUGUAAGAACCUGUUUGACACUAACAACCAGCUCUACCGGUUCAGUGACAAUAACCAGGGUCUGGUCCACCCUAAUGCAGAUCGUCCUGCUCACCUGAGGUUGAAGAUGUACGAGUUUGCAGGGCGCGUGGUGGGGAAAUGUUUGUACGAGUCAGCUUUAGGAGGAGCCUACAAGCAGCUGGUGCGAGCCAGGUUUACUCGCUCGUUUCUGGCCCAAAUCAUCGGCCUGCGCAUGAACUACAAGUAUUUUGAGACGGACGAUCCAGAGUUCUACAAAACAAAAGUCUGCUUUAUCCUAAAAAAUGACGUGAGCGAGAUGGACCUUGUAUUUGCCGAAGAAAAGUACAAGUCAGGACAACUGGAAAAGGUGGUGGAGUUGAUAUCAGGUGGUGCUCAAAUCGCUGUGACUAAUGAGAAUAAGAUGCAUUACUUGAAUCUGCUGGCUCAGUAUAGACUGGCCAGUCAGGUGAGAGAUGAAGUAGAGCACUUCCUCAAAGGAUUAAAUGAACUUGUUCCUGAGAACCUUUUAGCCAUAUUUGAUGAAAAUGAGUUGGAGUUGCUGAUGUGUGGUACUGGAGAUAUCAAUGUGCAGGAUUUCAAAGCCCAUGCUGUUAUUGUUGGAGGUUCAUGGCAUUUCAGAGAGAAGGUGAUGAAGUGGUUCUGGGCUGUGGUGUCCUCCUUCACUCAGGAAGAGCUUGCACGUCUCCUCCAGUUCACCACCGGCUCUUCUCAGCUUCCUCCUGGUGGCUUUAACACACUCUGCCCCUCCUUCCAGAUUAUAGCAGCUCCAACACAGAGCACGCUGCCAACUGCACACACCUGUUUUAACCAGCUGUGCCUCCCUACCUAUGACUCCUAUGAGGAGCUGCACAAACUGUUGAAGCUGGCCAUCAGUGAGGGCAGUGAGGGCUUCGGCAUGCUCUGACCACACACUGGCUAUGACUUUUGGAUCCGUUGAAUGAAUUCCUUUUCUUUUCUGUGUCUUCUCUCCAACGAGUGAGCUGCAUUAUAUGAGCCAACGCACCUUUUUAUCCUCCAAUAACAGCCAUUUUAAACCGAAGCCCACACAGAUGUCCAGAUUUUUUCUCUUUCAAGCAGGACCUUCACAUGAUCUUGAGUUGCCUUUGGCUUAUUCCACUGGAUGCUGGAGCUAUGUAAAUAUGUAAAUCUUCAACUUUUUUGUACUGUUAAAAAAAGGAAAAAUGAAUGAAGGGAGAAUUCUGUUGCAUUUUAUUCUCAAUGGUACAUUUGUUACAUUUUAUGUUAGUUUGUCCAGUCAAUAAAAUGUGUAACACUAUUAUCACAUUUGGCAUUAACGGACCUGGGAACAUCCACAUGGAGUGUAGCAGCCUAUAAGAUGUGUGGAUCUACCACACACACUGCACUUUGGCCUUAACCAUUCAGGGAAGGUUGCACACACACACACAUACACACACAUAUAUUAAGUUGUAAAUGCCUUGUGAAAUUUAAAGUUGAGAUGCUUUUUGAGUCUCAGUUGACAAUUUUUUUGGUAUGUUAAUAUUUCACAUGUAUCACGUAGCCUGUUGUAACACUGUUCAAAUGUGUGUGACUCGAAGAAUCUGCAUUGUAAAAUAUGAGGAUGAUGAAGAAGAAAUGGGGGAGGAGCUCUGGGUUAAACAGCUCAUUGCUAAUUACAAAUCUCUGGGCAACAUCUAUGCAUUUUACUGUGAACCUAAUUUACAGAGCAGCAUCAGAGUUAUGUAAAGUUUUUGUUAGCUGUAUGACAAACAUUCUCAUUAGGGUGAGAGAAAAUGUGUCUGUUUUUGUAAUAUUUUGUUUUGUUUUUUGUUAUAUCUGACCUUAAUUUAUUUGUAACUCAUUCCCGUUUACCCAAAGGCUCUGUAAUAUUAUAUUUGUCUUUGUUAAAACGAGUGUUAUACAAACCAUAGAAGUUAAAAGUCAGAUGACUGAAUUUUGUCUUUAGUGUUUCUCAUAUUGCAACUAAUCCUCACCUAACCCUCACUGUUUCCAGUAACCUGGACUGGGAAAAAAUGCUUAUUUAAUGUGUAAUAUUCAUAACCUCAACCCAUGUAUUUAAACAAUUAUCAAACUUUAUAUCACAGAGAUGAAUGCUUAUUGAAGAAAAGUGCUGUUGCAACGUUUGGAAGGUUCCAGUGAGUAUAUAGGUGCAGUUUCUCACAUAAGUAGAACUUCUAAUGAGUGCUUUAUCCAUUGCAUCUUGAGAUUUCAUGUUAAUGUGGGUGCUCAUUUACAAAGUCUGCUGUCAAAAUGUGUCUUAACAUGGACUGUCCAUUUGCUCAUCCUAUGUAACUAGGCUUCAAGUAAAAACACAGCUGCUGUUAACGUUGGCGCUAACGUCCGCUUGAAUAAUUCAUAAAGAAUUGUGCCGCACAGGAUGCAUUUUAACUACGGAUGCUGUCCGUUUUCAACUCUGAGUCACCCUCCACCCUUUAAUGGCACAAUGAAACUUUUCAUAUGGUCUCGUUUUAGAUAUCGUGUCCUUUGACCUUGGAUGAACAACACAGCCGUGGAAACUACAGGGUGUGUCCUGACUGAGAAUGAAAUCACUGCAUAUGGGUCUGGCUGCAUAUGUUGGCCGUGGCUUACGGUGAUGACCUCAGUCGUCAUCUCAUUAAAGCAAAGUGGCUGUGAUUCUGUCCUUCAUGCCAGUAGACCUGCAGGGGCAAAAACGAGACACAAGCGUGACCUUUACCUUCGUUUAGGGUUAUGCUGCAUCCUGCUGUUUUUAGCUACCUUUAGGUGCAGGGCAUUUGAGUUUUCUUACUGGUUUAAAGAUGUGAAAUGAUUCAUUAUAAAUGUCAUGUGUACAUAAUGUAAUAUAGAUGCCAAUGGCUUGGGAUUGAUUUAUUCUGGGUUUUUCUUGUGUGUGAAAAGGCCAAUCUGCUCUCACCUGCAGUACUGCCGUACAAAUGUCUGUUUUCCUGCACUGUUUCGAUGGCUUAUUCGUUUGUUCUUUCGCAAUUUUUUCUUAUUUAUGUGAAAAAAUUAAAAAAAGUGGGACAGUCAUUCA